UUUGACAGUUCAAUCUCACAUGUUCAUAUUUUGCGGAUCUGUAGUUAUUGAAUUGUGAAAAUACUACUUUUACACCGAAUUUAUUAUUAUAUUACCAAUAUACGUAAACGAUGUCGGACGUACCAGAUCUCAGUAGUGAUGAGGAUAAUUUCGAAGACGAUGAAUGGCAAGAAAUGGAAACUAACGACACCACGGUAACAUGCUUAUUUUGUCCGAACGUUUUAUCGAAUAUUGAGGAAGGAAUCACUCAUUGCAAGUCUGUUCACAAGUUUGAUUUGAACGAAUUAAAACUGAAGUUCAAUAUGGAUUGCUAUUCAUACAUUAAACUUAUUAAUUACAUUCGAACACACAAACCCACUCCAGAGGUUAUAACGAACAUGAACCGGGUGCUGUGGGACGACGACAAGUAUUAUAAACCUGUGGAGCAAGAUGAGUGGCUAAUGUACGACUUCGAUGCCCUCACUGACAAACCAAGUUCUCCAAAAACUUACCAUGCUAAUGUAGAGAAUGGUUUAGUAACUUUAUCCGAGGCACAUUUCAGUGAGCUUCAAAGAACCAUACAGUUGCUAACACAACAACUAGCAGAGAGUUCAACACUUCUGAAUAAUGCAAAGGAGGAUAUUAAGAAGAUGCAAGAUUCAAUGCAAACUCUAGUUGAAGGUUCCAAUAAAAAUAAUAUUGAAGUGCCAACUGAAGCAAACUGUGUUGCAAGUGUUCCUUUAGAGAUUGAUGAUGGCUACUUUAGUACUUAUGCUCAUUUUGGUAUCCAUUAUGACAUGCUCUCAGACAAAGUGCGAACUGAAACUUAUAGGGAUGCAAUACUGAAUAACAAGGAAACAUUGAAAGACAAAGUCGUUCUGGAUCUGGGUUGUGGUACCGGUAUCUUAUCAAUGUUCUGUGCUACAGCUGGAGCUAAGACGGUGUAUGCGCUAGAUCAGUCUGAAAUAAUAUACCAUGCAAUGGACAUAGUGAGGGAAAACAACUUGCAAGAUGUUAUAAAAUUAGUUAAAGGAAGACUGGAAGAUACAAAAUUAAAUGAAAAGGUCGAUAUUAUAGUUUCCGAGUGGAUGGGAUACUUUUUGCUGUUUGAAGGCAUGUUAGAUAGUGUGAUAUAUGCAAGGGAUCAUUGUCUUAAACCUGGUGGUCUCUUGCUACCCAAUAGGUGCAAUAUUAGUCUUGUUGCUAAUGGCGACAUAGAUACACAUAAGAAACUUAUAGACUACUGGUCAGAUGUCUACGGAUAUAAAAUGAAUUGCAUGAAGUCUGAAGUCGUGAGGGAAGCAAGUAUUGAUGUUGUUGGAUCAAAAUUUAUAAUAUCUGAGCCCUGUGUUGUCAAAGACAUUGAUAUAAACACAUGCAAAAUUGAUGUCAUGGACUUCACAUCGGAAUUUAAACUGCCUAUUGUGAAGGAUGGUGUUUUGACAUCUAUUGUUGGUUACUUUGACACUUUCUUUGAUCUGCCAAAUGCAAUAGACUUCUCAACUGGACCGCACAAGACUCCAACACAUUGGAAACAGACUGUUUUUUACUUGAAAGAUUGCAAAGAGGUCAAGCAAGGAGAUGUGAUUGAGGGAACAAUAAUUUGUAAUAGACAGAAAUCAGAUGUCCGAGGCUUGUCCAUUCAGCUUAAUAUAUUUGGCAAGACCCAUAAAUACAUUCUUAGUUGAAUCAGUUGUGAUACUUUUUUAAAUAUUACAUUUUGUGUCAAAGUUUAAAAUGUUAGCUUAAUGUGCCUUUUAUAUUGUUAAAUUGCAAAUAUGAUUUGCUAUGUAAUACAGCUGUAGUGUUAAGUAGCAUAUUGUUCAUAUAUGUCUAAGAGAUAGCAUUGAAUAUAGCAGGAUAGUUGAUAAAUGUAUUUUUUUUUAUAAUCAUCUACUUUUAGGAAACUGAGAUACUCACCAGCGAGGCAGUGUGUUCAUCAUUUUAUGUCAUAUACAUAGAUUAUAUCAGACAUCUUACAGAAAUCAUGUCAUCAUUAUAAUCAAUACUUUAUUUUUAUUUAAAAAUAGCAAUAUUUUUAUAAGCUGCUAAUAUAAAUGCUAAAUCUUGUAUUGUAGCUGCUAAAUAGUCUAUAAUCAGAAUAAUCCUGAAAGGGUUUUGAAUGUAUGAUAAGUAAUUUUGUUUUUAAGUCUAUUUUUUUGCAAUAAUUAUGCUGUUCAUAAAAUAGACAACAUAAAGGAUUUGCACUGCUGUUGCAAUGAUUAAAAUAAUCUGUUAUGAUUUCUUUAUUGUGCUAAACUAUUACAAUAAGUAUGUUAAGAAUAAAUUAAGAUCUUCACUGCUUCAACUUUUAUAUUUUUCUAUUUCUUAGAAAUAUAAGAACAUGCAUUUCUUAUGUCUCAUGUUGUAAACUAUGUAAGGGUAUUAAAGUAAACAUUUCGUCUACGAAAA